AGUGUUGUUUGCUUCGCGCACGCUCUUUUGCUUUUGCAUGGCGGCCGCCGCCACCACGCCCGCGGCCCUGUACGGCCGCCUCAACGGGGCCAGCACGCGGGGCUUCCUCGCCUACGUCCUCGCCGGUGCCGCCUGCGCCGCCGUCCUCGCCUGCUUCGUCAUCUCCGCCGCCGACCCGGCCGCCGACUCCGCCACCAAUGGCGCCCUCCGCCUCUCCUCGCGCUCCACGCGCGUCUGGCCCGAUCUCGAGUUCAACUGGCGCCUGGUGGUGGCCACCGUCGUCGGCUUCCUCGGCUCGGCCUUCGGCACCGUCGGCGGCGUCGGGGGCGGCGGCAUCUUCGUGCCCCUCCUCAACCUCGUCCUCGGCUUCGACACCAAGUCCGCCGCCGCGCUAUCCAAAUGCAUGAUCAUGGGCGCGUCGGCGUCCUCCGUCUGGUACAACCUCCAGGUCUCGCACCCCACCAAGGAGGCGCCAGUCAUCGACUACAAGCUCGCGCUGCUCUUCCAGCCCAUGCUCAUGCUCGGGAUCACCAUCGGGGUCGAGCUCAGCGUCGUAUUCCCCUACUGGCUCAUCACCGUGCUCAUCAUUAUACUCUUCAUAGGCACUUCAUCGCGGUCCUUCUACAAGGGGAUUCUCAUGUGGAAGGAGGAGACACGGAUCCUGAUGGAGACACAGGAGCGAGAUGCGCAAUCCAAGUCUGACUGUGCGGCCAACGAUGUUGUCUUCGACCCUAGUUAUGCCGAGCCCCUCCUGCCCCAGCAUAAGCCCACACAGAAGUCUGGCCUGGAGACUUUGUGGUUCAACUUGAGCUGGAAGAAUAUCCUGGUGCUAAUGACAGUUUGGUCAUCUUUCUUGGUGCUGCAGAUCCUCAAGAAUAACACCCAAACAUGCAGCACUUUCUACUGGGUGAUCAAUAUUCUGCAGAUCCCAGCUGCAGUAAGUGUAUUCCUGUGGAAGGCCAUGGAACUGUGCAGGGACAGCCGUGCUCGACGCAUGAAUGGCAACUUAGAGUGUGUAUGUGAGGCCUCUAUUGAGUGGUCUCCAGCACAGCUCAUCUUUUGCGCCUUCUGUGGUCUGCUGGGUGGCACAGUUGGUGGUCUUCUAGGGUCUGGAGGAGGGUUCAUCCUCGGUCCGCUUCUUCUUGAGCUUGGGUGCAUCCCUCAGGUUGCAAGUGCAACAGCCACAUUCGUGAUGAUGUUCUCCUCAUCCCUCUCAGUGGUUGAGUUCUACUUCCUGGGCAGGUUCCCACUCCCUUAUGCUGGUUACCUGAUCUUUAUUUCCAUACUGGCUGGAUUUUGGGGCCAAUGCUUGGUCCGGAAGAUUGUGCAUGUGCUCAAGAGAGCAUCGCUGAUUGUCUUCAUCCUCUCCUCAGUCAUCUUCGCCAGUGCUCUUACCAUGGGUGUUGUUGGGACCGAGAAGAGCAUUGCGAUGAUCAACAACCACGAAUACAUGGGGUUCCUCGGCUUCUGCGAGUAACCAAACCAGAUCGCAGGGAGAACCCAGGUCAAUAUCCAAUUGACCUCAUCUCUCCCCAAGUUAUGGACAAAAAUAAAGAAAUAAGCCGCGUCGGGUGUUUCAUAUGGUGGUGUUAGCUCCUCGCUAACCUGGAAGCACCUGCCUGACGAAGGCAAGGUAGUACUAGCACUGAAGUAUGUUGCUCACAGGCACGCUUGUUAGCUCCUGGCUAACAUGCUGCGACCGCAUUGGUCUUGUGGCGUCAUGUUUUUGUCCGUGUUGCUUCCUGGCUGAAAUUAUUCAGUCGGAGUGUUGAAGUUGUCCCAUUCAUUCAUGUGAUUGAUAUAGUUAGCUCCUCGCUAGCUAGCCUGCAAAUGUUCAUUGUGGUAUUGGGUACUGUAAAUAUAUCAGCCAAUUUGUUGGACAGCAUAUUAUGCUUGCGACUUUGAGUCGAUCUGAUCCGCCUAUCCGGUUCUGUUCA